AAGAAACGUGUGGGGCAGUGUGGAACCGUUGCUUCGUUCGUUCGUUCGUUCGCUGUCCGCUCAACUUAAACCGUGCUCGUCAUUUGAGUGACUUGUAAUUUGUACGCGAAACUAAGUUAGUUUUUGUUCAAAGACAGUGCUAUGGAUAUCUUUCGUGUGAAAAUGAAGAUGAAAUCGUUGCAGGUCGCAGUUAUUUUGCUAGUUUAUUUUAGCUUCAGCUCAGAAGCCCACCAGCCAGAAUAUGUGAUGGAUGCGCAAUCGUUCAGCGGGCUGCGGCCCCACAUCGUGACGCUCGACCACGCCAGGGUGAGGCGCGGGGCCGCCGACUCCGUGGCCCCCGUGCCCCCCUCGCCCGCUGUGCCCCCCUCGCCCGCUGCGCCCCCCGCGACCCCUGAUUCGGCCGCAGCCUCCAACCAAUCUACCCCGGUGCCCCCUGAUGCGGAUAACAGGACUACGAACGUGUCAGCUCCCAUCAACCACACGGCUACCGUAACGCAAGUGCCCAUUCUGGGGGCCAACGGCACCGGCCAGCGGUGGACCAACGCGACCAACACGCCGAAGGUCAGCGAUCCCAUAUCAGCUGAUGACAAUAUCAAUACUGACGCCUUUGAGACACCGGAGCAGAUCAACAGCCAGUUCCAUUUAGGAAAUUUGACUUAUAAUGAAGACCACGACUUCUACAACAGCUCGUUCAUCAGCAACCAGACGUACUUCGCAGAACACUGGACCAACAUCACCGGUUCCAAGUCCGACGUACACCAAAUGCUCAGCAACUCCCACCGCAGAGCUACG